UCUCCUUAUGGCUCAAUAUAUCUACAGACAUUCUUUUUUAUCCAGUGCAGGUCAAAUUGCUCAAUGCUCUAUACUGCAAGCAUGCUCACACACAGUAAUCAGAUUUUUGGAUGAGAGUUUUUGCUGAACUGAUGCAUGAUUUUGUUUAGCUCUUAAAUUGUUUUUGUUGUCAUAGGUAGAAGAGUAGUUAAUUUGUUUUCUUUCUCUUUCUUCUGCCUAAAUAGGCAAGAAAACAUACUAUUUAAAAAUCCACCAAUCAUACCAAAUACAGAUUGACCUUAAACAUCUAAACUCUUUUAUAUAUAAGGGUUUAAAAACAUGGGAAAACAAAGACAAUAGUUGUUAGACAAUCCUUGCGUAUAUAUACAAAUACAGUAUCACACGGUUAAAUUUUAUUACAGGUGAGGUCAUGAAUUUAGUUUAGUUUCCGCAAGUGUCUCUUGUAUUUCUUUUCCUUUUUUCAAAUUAAAUCCCUUAGAAUGUAGCUAAGUCCUGCUGUUAAUUUUAAAGGGCUAUUUUGUAUUGAAUUGGAAUACCUAUUGCUAUUCAAUAUUGUUUGGUGUCACUUUAUCUCGCUGUGAUUGACAUUCUACACUCAGUAUUGCUACAGCUACAGCUACUUGCAGUUCUAAAUUCAAAGUAGAAGUUUGAUCGAAGUGUGCAUUGUCUUUUGGUUUGAAGUGGUUACAAAUUUGAAUCCCAGAAGAACUCUUUCUUUCAUCAUGUGAUAAGAAUUUUAAGACCAGGAGUAGAGAUGCAAUUAGUAUGUUUGGUUCAGUUUUUCUCAAGCAACAAAUGCUAACAGUUUUCUAAAAAAUAAGAGCCAAAAUGGAACUUCUGGCUUUGUCUGUUCACCAUGUUGAAACAUUGUUUCCCUAAUACUGAAAAGGAUUUCAAAACUAAUGUCUUCCCCAUAUUGUCUUCAGUCGAAAAAUAUUUAUAUAAGAAACAUUAGUUCAAUUAAAAUCUGGUAUUUUCUCUGUGAAUUUAAUGAGUUCAGUAUUUAACAGCAGAAAAUCCUUAAAUGCCAGACAUACUUGGGAGUGAUUGGAAUGCACCUGGAUAGAAUUUCUCUUAGUCCCACAUCACUAAAAGAUAAACAUUCCUUCUGUCUUAUACACUUUAAAUAUAGUGUCUCUAGCAACAUUUGAACAUACUUACCUGGACGGGGUCAAUGGGUGAUCAAGAAGGCCUAUGGCCUAGCCUGGUGACUUCCAUUGCACUUAGGAAGGGUGCCCGACUAAGGUCUCCCCAAGUGGGAGAGCCUACGUCAUAAUUUGUGGCAGUGGGGGCCUGCGUUCGCGCGGCCCCUUCUAGUUAUAGUAUAAGUCUUAAGGUUGUUUGCUUAGCAUAUAGAAGUAUUCUCCUUUUUAGUUAAAAAUCCUAGCUAUACUUAUCAUAUUCUGAUUGCCAGUUUAACAUUUAGUUAGUUGUAGUUAAGUGUUAUGAUUAUUUGUCUGACAUUGUAGUUAAGGUAUUCUGAUUAUUUGGUUAACUUAUAUCUUGAAUGGAGAGUGGUUUGUAAGUUCUUAUUAUGAGUUUAAUUACUUGGUUGUCUAAUUUGAUAAAAUUCCAAGUCAAAGUUAUACAAUUUUUUUUACUGACAUUUUAGUUUAAAUAUUGAUAAUAUUUUGAUUUUCUCAAUUUAAGAUCAAAUGUUGUGUAGGUUUUGUCUGGUAUUAUUCAUCUAUUUAUUGUUCACUGCUGUACUAAAUAUUACUUUUAACACGCUACUUGGUUUUACAAAUUUAUUUGACAUUCAUUUAGCGUAAAUAUUAACAUAAUUUUAUUUUCUUAAUUUAAGAUCAGAUGGCCAAUUCUAUUAUGUUUUUCAAAGUGGUUUUUGCUUAUAUAAAGUCCAGUAUAAUGGUAGUCUUUCAUUCAAUUCUAAUUUAAUCAUGUUUGAUAGACAAAAAUCCUUUCAUAUAGUAUAUAUAUAUAUACUGCCUUGGAAGGUCCUUAUCUUUCACCUAAAUCAAGAUCUGAUGUUUUGAAAUCAAAACAACCCAACAUUUGACCAAGAUGGCACCGGUGGAUCUGUCUACUAUUAGUCUCCGGCCAUUCAAGAUCAGUGAUGUCGAUGAUUUUUUCUUGUGGGCAGGGGAUGAUCAAGUGACUAGAAAUCUCCGAUGGAAAACGUGUGGCUCCAAGGAAGAGGCUUUGGCCUUCAUAAGGGAUGUUUGCAUACCUCAUCCAUGGCGUCGCUCAAUCUGCCUUGACUGUUCCAUCGGCUUUAUUUCAGUAUUUCCUUGGUCAGGUGAAGAAAGGCACAAGGCCGACAUAGGCUAUGCCAUUGGGAGGACCUACUGGGGCCAAGGGAUAGCCACCAAAGCGCUCAAGAUUGCUGUGCCUCAAGUCUUCAAGGACUUUCCCAAUUUGCUGAGGUUGCAGGCUUUUGUUGACGUUGAAAACAAAGCUUCUCAGAGGGUGUUGGAAAAAGUUGGAUUCAUCAGAGAGGGUGUUCUCAGAAAGUAUAUUUGUAUUAAAGGGGUGAUUAAGGAUUCUGUUCUGUAUAGUUUCUUGUCAACGGAAGAAGUUCUUGCCGGUGACUAGAUUACUUCUGGUAAUAUUUGGUCUUGUCUGGUGCAAAUAAUGUUAGAUUCAUUGUAAUAUGUAUUUUGUGUAUAAUGCUUUCCAUGAAUUCCUGAUAAAGCAUUUUCUUUUUAUCUCAAUAUUUUGUCUAUGAGAAAGUUGAAUCCAUUGUAAUAUGUAUUUUAUAUAACUUUCAAGUGUUAGUGGAAAAGUUA